AAUUUUUCACAGGUUUGACCAGUUGUGCUUUUUACAGACUCGGACACGCCCCACGGCCCCCACUCCACCCCCCUAAAUUUUCUCUUUCCAGUGAAUUUUCUCUCUCUUCUGUUCCCUCCCUCGCUCCUUCGUCCGGUCCGCUUCCCCUCCCGUCCCAUUCUCCGACGCCCUUUCGUCCCUUCUCUUUUCUCUUUCACUCCCUAAAUUCCUCUCUGAGGCCCUCCUCGUUUUUCAACCCGCCGUCGGUCUCUCCGCAACCAGCUUCCCAACAGUCCACGGCUUCGAGCUCAGUUUCUUCUUUGCUCGGAGUCAAAGAUCAGAACUGGAGAUCUUAGGGUUUCGGCAGAUCUACGCCGUGUAGUGUAGAGAAAGAGAGAGCUGAGCAGUGGUGGUUGUGGUGGUGGUGACGUGGCCGUUGAUGGUAUUGCACGGAGGCGCGAGAGACAGUUGGAAGGUAGAUGAUGAACGGAGCUCCGGCGGGGGAUCGGAGAGGGUGGUGGCGUUACGGUAAUUUCUGUCACAUGGAAUGGCAGAGCUUGUUAGCUACGGGAAUGCCAACCGUGACAUCGACCAGGCAAUAAUUGCUUUGAAGGAGGGUGCUCAACUACUGAAAUAUGGUCGUAAGGGAAAGCCUAAGUUUUGUCCAUUUAGACUUUCUACUGACGAAUCAACUUUGAUCUGGAUUUCAAGUAUCGAAAGAAGUUUGAAGUUGGCGUCUGUCACAAGAACUGUUCCUGGACAAAGAACUGCUGUCUUUCAACGAUAUUUACGUCCUGAAAAGGAAUAUUUAUCAUUUUCUCUUCCAUACAAUAACGGAACGCGGUCUCUUGAUCUGAUUUGCAAGGACAAAGUUGAGGCGCAAGUGUGGAUUGCAGGCCUUAAAUCACUAAUUUCCUCUGGCAGAGGUGGGCGUUCGAAAAUUGACGGAUGGAGUGAUGGAGGCCUCUACCUUGAUGUACUUCAGGAUGGCAAGCACUUGACAUCAAAUUGUCCUAGUGAUAGUUCUGCUAGUGGUGCACGAGAUAGUGGCUCUCCAGAUUUGAAUUCAAACUGAAAGUAUGUUCAUAAUCUUUUCAAUGACAGGCACGAAAGGAGUACUUAUUUGGGUAAUUUGAGUAACUCGGAAAAGUGAAGAAAUUACUUCUUCUACCGCCAAAUCAAUAAAAAAAGAAGCUUUUAGCUUGUGAAAAAAGAUGAAGCAUAGAAAAGUAGUGGGUCCCAACAGUAUACAGACCGAAGUGUGGAAAAUCUUGGGAGAGACAUGUAAAACGUGGUUGGAAGCCUUCCAGCAAGUAGUUGGAAACCGUCCAGAAGAAAUGAGGCCCCAAAAAACGAAUAAUUAUUUUUGGUCCUAAAUAUAAUGCAGCAUGUUCACACUGACUUUUUUCAAUCUGUUUCUGCAAUUUCCUUGUCAAUUAAGUCUGUUCGUGUUCAUUUUGUGGAUUUCUUGUUGGAUUGAUUCGUAUUGUCCCACUUGGCUUCCCUACAACUUUAAUUCUUUCUCUCUUCCAGUUCCAUUAUUUCCUUUCCCCAAAACCUCUCUUUUGGUCUGCACCUACUUUUGUGUGAGUAUUUUCGUCGUGGUUUUUCGUUCACUUUUCAUUUGCUUUGCAAUGGCGAUGAGCACCCAAAGAGCCUCUGCACCUCUUCUUUCUCUCGAAUUAGCUCCUCGAUGGAAGUACGAUGUGUUUUUGAGUUUUAGGGGUGUAGACACCUGCAAGGGUUUUGUAUCCCAUUUAUACCACGAAUUGUGCAAGUUCCAAGGAAUUAAAGUUAAAAAACCUCGAAAUUUAUUUUAAAUUUCAAUAUUCUUAAAGGAAUAUGUAAUCUAACACCAAAUUUAUUUUAAAUUUCAAUAUUCUUAAAGGAUUAAAGUUUAAAAACCCUGAAAAAAAAUACCCAUCUCUUCGUAGUCUAUUCCUACUUUGGUGUGAGUGAUUUUGGUGUGAAGUUAUAUUGGUUGAAAUAAAAUUUCUCAUAAAAUAUUUUAGCAUUGUGAGUUUCCAAUGAUAAUUUUUGGUAUACGGAUGAUCCUAGUAAUUUUGCCUACUGUAUUCAGUAAUUUACAAGUAAUCAUCAACUCAUAUUCAAACUUUUCACUCACAAACGUGUGUUUGUUACAUGAUUAUUUAUUUAUUUUUGUUAUAUAUAAGGGGAUUGAAAACUGUUCAUUGAUACUAUUUAGUUUAAAUUAAUUCUCACAAACACAUCGAGAGUGAGCUUCCUUGAAAUUUCGUAACUAUUAAGUCCAGUCUUCUUUCACGUGUUUUUGGUUGUCAAGUUUUGUCCUUUCAUUUUGGUGUUGGCCAAGUUCAGC